ACUUCCUGGUUCUCUACCAAUUGGACGCUACUCACUCUUUCAGUGACCCACACGGUGCCUUCAAAGACCUCCGUAAUUUAGAUAUACAGUAUUAUAUCGGACUGGUUUACAUGACUUUAUAAGUGAUGAAUAUCAUUAUAAAGGUAGACUUUUUUUUUCAAAUUCAGACAUACUUGGGCUUCUCAAUGUAAAUUCGUAACACCGUUAAAUGUCUUAUUCUUUGAUAAUUGUCACGUGGACUAAUUAGGCCCUCUUGUAAUCACUGCUUAUAGUCAUUAUUUCGGGACCCAUGCAUGACAUGAACGGGAAGUCAUCCAUUUUGGUUUGAAGCAGCCAUUUUAGUCAAAUUUGAUUGAAUUUGGGAAAUUUGCCAUAAAGGGCCCCAAAUCGUAAUCAGCUAUAAUGAACUAAAAGGAGUUCUUCAGGUCUACUGGCAAGUGUCAUUUAUUUGAUGUUGUUGUUUUAUUUUCCAUGGCAAUUAUGACAACCAGAUAUGUCUUGUGUGUUAUUUUACUACAAAAAAGGCCUCCAGUAAGUGAUAAUCUUCCAAACAACUGCAGGACGAGGAGGAAGCGUCCUUCUUCCCCAGUGCUUCCCCCUCUCUCUUUCUCUCCUCCCCACAAGGUAGCACGUUCCUUCUGCACUUUCCCCUUCUUGCUCUCUCUCAUGAUGUCCACUGAGCCAUGCACAGCAACAUCACAAUCUGAACAAUCAUGAUGCACGAAAGAGACCCUGAACUGUAAUUCUUGUUUUUCUUUUAAAACACAUUCAAGAGGAGAGGAGCCCAGGUGGGAUCCAGAGGAGAGUUUUGGGAUGACCGUUCCGGGGAAUGAGUGGACAUGAGGUUUUGAGCAGAAAAACGGCCAGCUGAAUUUGCCGCAAUGACAGACGGGAUGUUGCCUGGACCUGGACUUUCUCUUUUGGUUCUUCUUCACAGUGUAAUAACUGUGACGGGACUGGUGGACUCCGAUGAUGUCAUCACGCGUGAUGAGCAGAUCUUUGUGCUGAUCGGAGCUCGCACCAAGUGUGAAAAUAGCAUCCAGUCACAAAUGGCCCUCAUGCAAGAAGGCGACUGCGCCCCCGAGUGGGACGGCAUCAUCUGCUGGCCAAGGAGCGGCGCCGGUCACCUGGUGUCAGUUGGCUGUCCCGAGUACAUCUACGACUUCAACCACGCAGGUCGGGCCUACCGCCACUGCGAUGCGUCUGGUAACUGGGAGCAGGUGUCCGUCAUCAACCGGACCUGGGCAAACUACAGCGAGUGCACCACCUACUUGUCAGCCAAUUACAGGACUCAAGAAGAGGUGUUUGAAAGACUGCACCUUAUGUACACCGUUGGCUACUCCGUCUCUCUGGCGUCUCUGCUCGUGGCCGUCUUCAUCCUCUGCUACUUCAAACGGCUCCACUGCACCCGCAACUACAUCCACGUGCACCUCUUCACUUCCUUCAUCUGCCGAGCCGUCAGCAUCUUUGUGAAGGACGCGGUGCUCUACUCGGUGUCCGAUGACGGCGCAGAAGCUGAAGCCGAGCUGGUGGGACAGAAGCAACACAUGGCUGGCUGCAAAGUAGCCGUCACCUUUUUUCUAUACUUCCUGGCGACCAAUCAUUACUGGAUCUUGGUGGAGGGCCUUUACCUACACAGCCUCAUCUUCAUGGCCUUCUUCUCUGAUAAGAACUACCUUUGGGCCCUCACCAUCAUCGGGUGGGGUGUUCCGGCUUUGUUUGUGUCCAUUUGGGUCAGCGUGCGGGCGGCCCUGGCAGACACGCAGUGUUGGGACAUCAGUGCUGGAAACCUGAAGUGGAUUUAUCAAGUUCCCAUUCUGGCAGCCAUUGUUGUCAAUUUCCUGCUCUUUGUCAACAUCAUUCGCGUGUUGGCGUCCAAAUUAUGGGAGACCAAAACUGGAAAACUGGAUCCUCGGCAACAAUACCGGAAGCUUCUCAAGUCCACACUGGUGCUCAUGCCUUUGUUUGGGGUCCACUACAUGGUCUUCAUGGCUCUCCCUUACACGGAAGUAUCCGGGCUGCUGUGGCAGGUGCAGAUGCACUACGAGAUGUUCUUCAACUCAUCGCAGGGCUUUUUUGUGGCCUUCAUCUACUGCUUCUGCAAUGGCGAGGUGCAGGCAGAGGUGAAGAAGGCGUGGCUAAGGAGGAGCCUGGCACUGGACCUCAAACAAAAAGCCAGGAUCACCAGCAGUAACGGUGGAGGCAGCUGUUACUACGGCGGCAUGAUGUCCCACGCCACCACCACCCACAGCGUCUGCACGUCCGCCGCCAAUCACCGAGCGGUCGGCUACAGCGGGGGUGCGGGGGCGGGCCCGGGGCUCAGGCUGCCCCGCCAUCCGCAAAGCAAUCUGCCCAGAUAUACGGGCGGUGAAUGCGAGAGCUCGGUGAUUGCGGCAAGGAGGCCGGCGGGAGGGCCGGGGGUCGGGGGGGUCUUUGCAAGGCAUGCGAGAGGUACCAAGAAACCCGAUGAGCCUACAGGUUCUCUGGCAGAGAUUCUUGGAGAACGGGAUCCAGAUACGUCCUUGUCUGUGAAAGAGCUGGAGACUGUCUUGUAAAUAUCUAUGCAAUGUGCUCAUAUUGUUUGGUGUACAUAUAUAUAUAUGAAGGGAGCCCAUUCCCACAUGCCACACUUCGACAGUAUUGACCCUGAAUUAGACUCGCGUGAUCCAGUUUGAAUGCCAUGUAAACGUGAACAUAACUUGUGUCGAUGCGAUCAUUCCUCCCUAACUGUCGGCUGUGGUCAGACACGUCUAGACGGUUUGGGCGCUGCAGUGCAGCCUUGUCAUUGUUCUUUGUUUAUUCGUCAGUCCCGAAAGGCCCACGCAGAUGCCUUUGGCUCCCUCACAAAGAAGCGCCCUCACCUUCUUCUGAGCCCGCCACGUUUCCACUUCAUCAUCUCGCAACACUGUCCUGAAUUUCACACAGGUCACUUAGAACCUGACUCACACUGAAAACAGUACACAAACUUGCACCAGCAUUCACAUGUAUCUGUGUGUUCCAUUCUAUUUAAUUAUGUUGAUUACCAUACAUGUAUAUUUAGUGCUAUGCUACUUAUUAAAAAAACACACUACAAAAUGUUUGUUUGGUUUCCUAGGGAGCCUGGAAUAGAUUAAUGGUAGCUCCAUUCAUUUCAACUGUGAAAGGUUAUUUCAGUGCCC